AUGGGCGGCUCACGCUUUGCCCGCUGCACCUCGCUGCUCGCUGGGCUCCUCUGUCUGAUCGGCCCCCUGCUGGUUUGGGGCCAAAAUGACACGGAGCCCAUCGUGCUGGAGGGAAAGUGUUUAGUCGUGUGCGACUCCACUCCAACCACAGAGCCGGCCGGGAACGCUUUGGGAAUGUCGGUGCGCUCCGGAAGCGGCCGCAUCGCUUUCUCGGCCGUCCGGAACAACAAUCAUGAACCGUCUGAGAUGAGCAACCGCACCAUGACCAUAUACUUUGACCAGGUUCUGGUGAACGUUGGCAGUCAUUUCGAUCCGGCGCGGAGCGUUUUCCUGGCUCCUAGAAAAGGAGUGUACAGCUUCAGUUUCAAUGUGGUCAAAGUCUACAACAGGCAAACAAUACAGGUGAGUCUCGUGAUGAACGGUUGGCCGGUGAUCUCCGCCUUCGCUGGCGAUCAGGACGUGACACGUGAGGCAGCGACCAACGCCGGUCUGGUUACCAUGGAGAGAGGAGAUAAGGCCUACCUCAAACUGGAGAGAGGAAACCUGAUGGGCGGCUGGAAAUACUCCACCUUCUCUGGGUUCCUUGUUUUUCCUCUAUAGAAAUAGAAGUUUACGUGGAAAAUAGAGACAUUGAUAGAAAGAGCAAUUUCAGCAGAGAGACGUUUGUAGGAGAAAGAGUUCAUAACGAUGAUUCUUCAGCCUGUUCUUUUCAUGUAGGCCUACUUACCUUCGCUGAUGGACUUCUUUCCUCUGCAACCUUUCUUUUUUGCAUGAACCUGCUUGUUAAUAUGCGAUUAAAGAGGCUAUAUGUAGAAUUCAGAGACCCUUGUUAUUAGCGACACCGGUGGCCGUUCAAUGAACUGCAGCAGCAACUUACUGCUCGUGCUCGCACUCGUGCACACAUAAUGCACGAGAGACUGGUCUCUUUUUUUAAGUUUCAUUACAAGCUGUUCACACAUUGGCAUAAAAAAAAGCAAUUAAUGCUCAAAAAUUCAUACAUAUAGCCCCUUUAACGUUAUAUUGCGCUUUCAGGGUACAAAAUGGGAUUUAAAAAUGCUUGAUUUUCAACAAAUAAUCUGUGAAAAGUGCUGAAUGUUCAGAUCAUAACCUCAGGAUGUCAAACUAAAUAUAAUUUGAGCUCUUCUGAUUUAAUUUUGUUUGAGGUUUGUAACCUCGUAACCUGAAUUUAGGACAAAGUUUAAAACCUUGAUUUUUGUCAUUUUCAAACAAACAUGUAUAACGAACAAAUAAAAUGUCAAGAAAAAAACACUUGGUUGGUUGGGGAAACAAGGACACAAAAAAGUGUGUAUGCGGACUGUAAACAAAAUGUAGAACUCGGAUAUUAUGUUUUUGGUAAUUAAAAUGAAUAAUUAUAAAAAAAUUUCAAAUAUGAGUUCAACAGAUUAUAUCACAAUGAUUUUAAUUGUUAGAUGCAUUUGAGUCGUCUGAGCUUGGACAGGCCAAAAAUCACCAAAUUUAAGGGAGGGAUCCAGACAUUUUGUGUGUUUAAAACAAAUCUUCCCAACUAAAUAAAAGUUUGAUGUCUUGAAGCAUGACA